AACUGUGGUCAUUCUACCAAGUAACGUACCCCAAAAAUACGCUUAUUAAUUCUUUGGAUGAAUAAUUAAAGCCUCGUUAAACAUACAAUUCGAACUCCAAUUUAAUAUAGUAAUCACAUAACACGUGAAAAAUAAAUUUGCCACAAUAAUUUUACAUGUGUAGUUGAUAGUAGUGUGUUUGAUAUUGAAAGGUGGAACAGAAUUCAUAAUAACAUUGAAGAUCAGGCCGUUAUGUAUCGCCUUCUCAUUUACGUAAUUCUCAUAGUAUAUUCAGAACAGAGACAUGUACGAACUGACGAUUCACUUGAAAUUCAAAACAAUGACGAAGAUAACAUAAAUGUGGAUAUAACACCAGUAAAUGACGAAGAAAGAGCGCUAGUUCAACCACUGGCUGUUAAGUUGAGAGAAAAGUUUACAAAUCUAUAUGCAAUUGACGAAGAAAUUUUUACAAAGAAGAAAGAUAAUACAAAGAAACAAGCGCCGAAGAAAAAGAAACAAGUAAAAAAACCAAAAGAUGAUAAAAAUAAAAAGAAAUCAAAGGUGAUUGAACCUAAACAAGGAUCUAAUAGAAUAAAAGUAACAAUAGAUGGGAAUGUUAUUAAUAUUAAAUCAGGGAUGAAAAUGGACACACCGCGUGUUGUGAUUGAUUAUGAUGAGGAUAGUAGUGAAGAAAAAGAUAGUAAUUCGAAGCCAAUGUGUAAAGUUUGUGGCUUUAUUCCGGGUGUGAAAUGGCCACCUUUCAACCCGCCUUCAUGGCCUUUUCUAUAAUUUUUUAACAGGAUUUUGACAUUGGAAAUUUUAUCUUUGCUCUUUGAUUGUUUUAAGUAAAAUUUUUUCUAUGGAACUAUUAAAUUUUAGUUUCUAUUGA